AUGGAUUAUCUACAUCAUAUUACAGCUGAUCAGCAUGUCAUUCUAAAACUACCGUCUGGUAACUGGAAGAUUGUUGAAUUAAAACCACAUACAUCCGUCUCAUUAGGUAAAUUUGGCGCCUUCCAAGUGGACGAUAUCAUCGGAUACCCACUGGGAACACAAUUUGAGAUCUAUUAUGAAAAUCAAUCUCAACCAAAUGAUGACGAUCCUAAGAACAAAAAUAGAACACCGGUAGGCAAAGUCAGAAUUAUGGAUGAAGAUGUUGGUGGAAGUACUGAAGGAAGUGAAUUGUCAAAUGUUAACAGUAGCGCUAAUAACAUGAACCUGAUCAAUAUCGGUAACGAAAUCCAAGCCAUGACUUCAGAACAAAUAGAAGAGUUAAAACGUCAAUCUAUAUCGGGUGAAGAGAUCGUUGCCAAAAUGAUUGAAUCACAUAGCGCAUUCCAUAAGAAAACCUUGCAAUCACAGGAAAAAUAUUUGAACCGUAAGAAACGUAAAUUUGCCAAAUACUUCACGGUCGAAUAUCUAAGUGCAUCCUUUCUUUUACAAUGGUUGUUGGAAAAAGGCGAUACUCAAAAAGUGUUAGAUAUGUCAGAAGAAACCGUGGCAAUGCUGCUAAAUGUUGCUAACAUUAGAUCCGAAGGCCAGUAUUUAUGCAUGGAUGAAACCGGUGGAUUAUUAGUCUACUUUAUGUUGGAGCGUAUGUUUGGUGGUGAUAAUAAUAGCUCUCACACUGGUAAGAUCGUUGUACUACAUGAAAACGAGCAUGCAAAUCUAGAUCUUCUGAAAUACUCCAACUACAGUGAAAAAUUUAUCAAUGAUCAUGUAAAGACCGUUUCGCUGUUAGAUUUCUUCGAACCACCAAAUGAGAGUGAAAUUGAUUCCUAUUUCAAACCAAUUCCUAAGGAAGAGGCUCGUCAAUUGAAAGCCGGAAAGAAAAAUGCAUAUCAACGUAGAUUGAAAUGGUACUACAAUCAACACGAAAUUGUACAAUUAUCAACAAAGUCUCAGUACGACGCCCUGAUUAUUGCUAGCACCCUACAACUUUCGACACUAGUACCAUUGCUGGCAGAAAAAGUUCAUGGAUCAAGACCAGUGGUAUGCUAUUCCCAGUUCAAAGAAAUUUUACUGGAAUUGACUCACACACUUUACACUGACCUUCGAUUCUUAGCGCCUUCCAUUUCCGAAACUCGUGUAAGACCAUAUCAAAGUGUUAGAGGUAAAUUACACCCUCUAAUGACAAUGAGAGGCGGUGGCGGUUAUCUAAUGUGGGCUCAUCGUGUUAUACCGGCUCCUGAACCACCAGCGCACGAAACGGAAGAUGAGGGAAACGGACCAGAGGAGAAGAAACAAAAGACACAGUAA